GAACGGACUGACUCUCCAGGUGCAUCGUCCGUGACACAGCCAUCCUUGUGCGUGUGCAUCGCAUCCAUCCAACAACUAUUCCCCCGGUCCCCAGGCGAGCUUCCCAACAUGUAGCACCGGCUCGCGCCCAGCUGUGCCUCCUACCACGACACCAACAACCGCGCGUACGCAUCCGCAGACAUGGCUGCCUCGCCCGCUGCCUCGUCCCGCCGGAGCGCGGCGUCUUCGUCGUCGUCGACGUCGCUUCGCCGCUCCGAUGGCGGCCACCAUCAUCACCCGGCCAAGGAGCCUUCCAUAUCCAUCGACACGCUCGUUAACCAUCUGCUCGUCGCGAAACGAUCCCUCUCGUCGAUGAACCUUGUCCUGCGCGCCAACGAGCUCGCUACAUCUGCACGCACCUCGCACGAAGAGAGCGUCAUCCUCGAUGCCCAGGCGGGCUUCCUCCGCGGAUCCAUCGUCGAUCAGAUUGCCAUACUCAUCCGCGUGCGCCGCAGCCUACAUGCCACCUACGAUUGGGGCAAGCGGGACUUUAAGAAACUGAUCGGCGCCAUGGACGAGGUGGACGGCCAGCUCACUGCCACAAUGGACAUGUUGAGCCAGACAGACGUGCAGCAAGAGUUGCGGCCUGCUGGCGAAGAGAGACGCAGCUUGCUUGACUUUGUGGACGAAACGAGCGUUCAUGGCAUGCGAGAGGCGAUGAAAAAGAGCAUUGAGGAGCUACAAGGCAUCCAACAAUCGUUCGACAGAGACCUUUUACGAUUCGAAACAGACAUUCGCAACCUCAAAAAGGUUGUCAGCGAUGCGAACCAACCUGCUGAGGAAGACGGAGACGCGCCAGCCACGCCAAUGCUCGUCCUAUUGGAGAGCAUAGACGAGCAAUCGUCCACCAUGGCCCAUCUCCUCACGUCGCUGACCAAGCACUUUGACAUGUGCGUCACGGCCAUACGCACCACCGAGGGAGCGGCGGCCCUUGCUCGUCGGAAAGCCGCCGAAGUGACUCAAUCGCAGGGCGGUGAUGGCGUCUCCAUUUCGGGUGUCAUUGCGGAGCAGGAAUCCCACAUGUCCGACCUUGAGCCCAAAACGGCCGAGGAUCGCGCUGAGAUGCUCAAGGUCGUCACUCAGGAUGCCGACGAAGUCGAAGACGUAGUACGGGAGAUCCAGGAACGCCUCACUGCCAUUGAACUGGAGCACGACGCCCUUCAACAGCAGGCCAACGACAUCGGUAGGACGUACCUGGGCAUGUUGUCCGCCUACGCCGCGCUCGGUGACGUCGGCGACCGGCUGGGCGACUAUCUCGCCGCAGAGGAGGACUUUCGCACCCGCUGGGAGUUGGAAAAGGAGGUCGUCUUCGGACGCCUUCACGAGAUGAAAGAGAUGCGCGACUUUUAUGAGGGCUACGCCAGUGCAUACGGCAGCCUGGUGCUGGAGGCGGAGAGGCGGCGUGCCGUUGUCAAGCAGGCCGAGACGCACUGGCGCAAGGCCCAGGAGAGCGUCGACCGGCUGCUCGAGGCGGACCGCGCGGCUCGGGACGCCUUCCGCGCCGAAGUGGGCGAGUUUUUGCCGACGGACCUGUGGGCAGGCAUGCAGGCACCUGCGACAAGGUGGAAAGUCGUCCGCAUAGAGGAAGGCUCUGGCGAAGGGGACGAAGCCGGCGGGAGCCUGGCGACCAGCAUGACAGAAAAGGUUGGUCGGUAGUGAAGCGAAGCACGCCGCCACUUCCUUGUCUUGUUAUCUUUUCCUUUGGUUUUGUCACCUCUACUACGACCCUACUCACGGUUAUUCUAGGCGCGGAAAGGAUCAUGUAUAAAGCUGGCGAGGAUUUCAUAGAUUUCUUUUUUUUUCUUGUACACAAGCGGGCGUAUACUGCUGGAUCAGAUAGGUAGCGGGACACCUAGUACGGAGAGCGAUCAAUAGAUUGACUAAGUACUCACCUGGGAGGUACAGUAGGAAGGCAGAGCAGUAGAUCUGCAACAUGAAGACUGCAAGCAACAUCACGGUUCGCCCGCUACUGCGGCUCCCCUGCGUUUUUCUUUUCGCCAUUGGCUAGGUGGCGUCCGUACCUGCAUCAGCCACUGAU